GCCCCUGGCGGGGAAGGCAGCCCGAAGCCGGAGUGCAGGCUGCUCCUGGCGUCCGGGGCCGGGUGGGGGGCCGCUACGGCGGGCAGCCCAGGCAGCGGGGCCUCCUUGGGGGUUACAUCCCGGGGAUCCUCUGAGGAAGCCGACCUCCGAAGGAAAGCCAUGCAGCAAGUCCUGGACAACUUGGGAUCCCUUCCCAAUGCCACGGGGGCUGCAGAACUGGACCUGAUCUUCCUGCGAGGCAUUAUGGAAAGUCCCAUAGUAAGAUCCCUGGCCAAGGCCCAUGAGAGGCUGGAGGAGACGAAGCUGGAGGCUGUUCGGGACAACAACCUGGAGCUGGUGCAGGAGAUCCUACGGGACCUGGCGCAGCUGGCCGAACAGAGCAGCACAGCCGCUGAGCUGGCCCGCAUCCUCCAGGAGCCUCACUUUCAGUCCCUCCUGGAGACGCACGACUCUGUUGCCUCAAAGACCUAUGAGACACCACCCCCCAGUCCCGGCCUGGAUCCCACGUUCAGCAACCAGCCGGUGCCUCCUGACGCUGUGCGCAUGGUGGGCAUCCGCAAGACCGCUGGAGAACAUCUGGGCGUGACAUUCCGCGUGGAGGGUGGCGAGUUGGUGAUCGCACGCAUCCUGCACGGGGGAAUGGUGGCUCAGCAAGGCCUGUUGCAUGUGGGUGACAUCAUCAAAGAGGUGAAUGGGCAGCCCGUGGGCAGCGAUCCCCGUGCGCUGCAGGAGCUCCUGCGCAGCGCCAGCGGCAGCGUCAUCCUCAAGAUCCUGCCCAGCUACCAGGAGCCCCAUCUGCCCCGCCAGGUAUUUGUGAAAUGCCACUUUGACUAUGACCCGGCCCGAGACAGCCUCAUCCCCUGCAAGGAGGCGGGCCUGCGCUUCAACGCCGGGGACUUACUCCAGAUUGUAAACCAAGAUGAUGCUAACUGGUGGCAGGCAUGCCACGUGGAAGGAGGCAGUGCUGGGCUCAUCCCCAGCCAGCUGCUGGAGGAGAAGCGCAAAGCCUUCGUUAAACGGGAUCUGGAGCUGACGCCCAACUCAGGGACCCUAUGCGGCAGCCUUUCGGGGAAAAAAAAGAAACGAAUGAUGUAUUUGACCACCAAGAAUGCAGAGUUUGACCGCCAUGAGCUGCUCAUCUAUGAGGAGGUGGCCCGCAUGCCUCCUUUCCGCCGGAAAACCCUGGUGCUGAUCGGGGCUCAGGGUGUGGGUCGGCGCAGCCUGAAGAACAAGCUCAUCAUGUGGGAUCCAGACCGCUAUGGCACCACGGUGCCCUACACAUCCAGGCGGCCCAAAGACUCAGAGCGGGAAGGCCAGGGUUACAGCUUUGUGUCCCGAGCGGAGAUGGAGGCUGACAUCCGUGCUGGGCGCUACCUGGAACAUGGCGAAUACGAGGGCAACCUGUAUGGCACACGUAUCGACUCCAUCCGGGGUGUGGUCGCUGCCGGCAAGGUGUGCGUGCUGGAUGUCAACCCCCAGGCGGUGAAGGUGCUGAGAACAGCGGAGUUUGUCCCUUACGUGGUGUUCAUCGAGGCCCCUGAUUAUGAGACCCUUCGGGCCAUGAACCGGGCUGCACUGGAAAGUGGGGUGUCUACUAAGCAGCUCACGGAGGCGGACCUGAGACGGACGGUGGAGGAGAGCAGCCGCAUCCAGAGGGGCUACGGGCACUACUUUGACCUCAGCCUGGUCAACUGCAACCUGGAGAGGACCUUCGGCGAGCUCCAGGCCGCCAUGGCGAAGCUGCGGACGGAGCCGCAGUGGGUGCCUGUCAGCUGGGUGUACUGAGCCUGCUCGACUGGACCUUGUCCCCUCUGGGUUGUGACCCAGAGACCUGAAUCCAUCCCUUUCCCAACCAUGACCCUCAACCACAGUCCUGAGCUCCAGUCCCUGGGGCUCUGGCUCCCUGGGAAGCAGCUCCUCGCAGGUCCCGAGACUGGCUUCGGCGCAGAGGCAUGCACUGCCAGGGAGGUGGGUGUUCGUGGGGUACCUCUGUGCCCAGGUGCUGCCCCCUCCUGAUGCCCAUUAGCCACCAGAUGUUCCUCUUGAGGGCCACGCUGUGCCCAGGAGUGUGUCAGUCACCGCCCAAAGGCUCAGACCAGAGAAGAGAAGAUGCUUUGGGACCACGUGGUCAGUAGGUACACUGCCCCUGCCACCCCUCUCCAGUCACCUUCUCUCCUCUGGACUGGCCACCCCACCCUGUUCCCGAGCUCCUCCCACCUCUCACCCCUCUGUCCUAGGAGCAGGCCUUAGGCUUUUUCUAUGUGGCCAGGGGAGUGCAAGGCCCCCUGGCAGCUAGGCAGGCCUGGCAGUGGGGCCAACCUGGUGCCAUCCGGAAGGCUGCAGGAGCCAAAGCAUGAGCCAGUUGUCACAGCUGGGGGCAGUGCAGCUCUCUGCUCCCGGGAACGAGGCAGAGUCCCGUGAAUGGACCCUGCCCGGUAUCUCCCUCACCCACAGCUUUUCACUGCCGAAGUCUCUCCACGGACUUCUCCAAUGUGCCCGCAGGUCAGCUCUGCGUCCUGCAGGGCCAGGCCGGCAGGGGGCAGCAGGCACAGCCCAGGCCAGGGGGGGGUUGGAGGCUGAGCCCUGUCCCCAGGAGCCUGCUACUACUGACCGAAGAGCUCCAAGCUCUCCAUGGCCCAUGGGGAGGACACGCCUGGGCUCCCUGUUCACAACCAUUGUCCAUGUGGCCUUUGCUCUGGCCAGGUCCACGUGGUCCACUAGUGUCAGGACUGAUGGGGGCGGGGGGCUCAGGAAGGAUGCGGAGGGAAGCUGUGAGCACUGUGCUCUGACAGGCUCCUCAUUGCCCAGCGCCAGGGGGUGCCAUCCAUACUGUUUCUGUGCAGGUUACGUCCACAUGCGACCCCCCUGGUCUGGGUUCUGCCACUGGCAUGUGUGUGUCGGGCUUGGUUUUUGGAGAAGAGACACUUUGGAGGUCACUCUUUGUGUCCCCUUUUCAGGGUUUCCCAGCAGCUCCCCUGUCUUAUGAGGCACUUAUCCCAGAUUCUAGAGCCUUGACCCGCCCAGAGAUCUUCCUCCAGCUCUUUUAUUGUCCCCUGACCCUAAAUGCCACUCUCCUGUCCUUGGUGAGGGCAAUUGUGUAAAAUAGGAGACUCCCUUUUUUUUUUUAGAGAAAGGAAGGAGAGAGAGAGAGAGAGAGAGAGAGAGAGAGAGAGAGAGAGAGAGAGAGAGAAAGAGAAACAUCGAUUGGUCGUUUUCCCAUGUGCCCCAACUGGUGAGUGAACCUGGAACCUGGGUGUGUGCCCUGACCGGGAAUCGAACCCACAACCUUUUGGUGUAUGGGUCGAUGCUGCAACCACCUGAGUCAUACUAGCCAGGGUGAGAAUCCCUUUUGAGAAAAGAAUGCUGUCCUCAACUUCCCCAGGCAUAUCAUCCCUCAUCCUUCUCUGUGCUCCUUCCUGAGGUGAGCCUGUCCUUGCUAGGGGAUCCCCUAGCCCAGUGAUGGUGAACCUAUGACACCCGUGUCAGAGGUGACACGCGAACUCAUUUUUUUGGUUGAUUUUUCUUUGUUAAAUGGCAUUUAAAUAUAUAAAAUAAAUAUCAAAAAUAUAAGUCUUUGUUUUACUAUGGUUGCAAAUAUCAAAAAAUUUCUAUAUGUGACACGGCACCAGAGUUAAGUUAGGGUUUUUCAAAAUGCUGACACGCCGAGCUCAAAAGGUUCGCCAUCACUGCCCCAGCCUCUGUGCCCCCCAGUACUUCUGAAUGUCAGUCAUGUUCGCUGCAGCGUCAGCCCAAGCUGGCCCUGAACCACUGUGUGCCCAUUUCCUAGGGAAGGGGAGGGAGAAGAAACAGAAUAUUUAUUACAAAGUUAGAAAUAUAUUUAUUAUAUUAGGGAUCUCAUUGCAUUUGCAUAAGAUAUGCAAAUGAGAUGUCAGGGUCAAGUCUGCUCCCAUCUCAUUUGCAUAGCUCUGCAUCCACUAUGCAGUCAUCUUUAUACUCCUCUUUUCCCUUUAUUCAGCCUUCUUUUUAUCCUUAAUUCAACUCUUACAUCACCCUCACCCUCAGCCCAAGGGGACUGGGAGUGGGAGGAAAAUGGGGUGUCCUUUGCCAGGUCCCACCUCACCUGGUUAACCUCUGACCAAAAGAUGGGGUCGGGGGGUGGGGGGGAGCUGGGCACAUUGCUGGGGAGUUGGCAGGUGGCCCUUUAGGGUGAAUCUCCAGUGUUGAUGCUCUCUGGCACCUUCACCUCUAGUGAUCCCCAGGGGGCAGGGCUGGGCCCCUCUCCUGUCCCCAUCCCUCUCUGAACAGCGUGCUACCUCCCCUGCAUAAGCCCCACUCCAUGGAACAGGUGUGUGCACCCACGAGUUAGCUCUGACUCUGUCCUCCCCCCUCCCACUGUGGACGCUUGUAUUUGAGGGACCUCAGGAUAAUGAGGCCCCUGCCCCCCACAGUCUGAACCCAUUUCCCCUCCCCUCCCUCCCUCAGCCUUCCAGUUCCUGAGCUUUCUGUCUGACUGGUUUUCUUUCUUUUCCGUUGAUUAAAUGUGAAAGCAAAGGCA